AUGCAAACAUCGUUUAAAGUUUGCAAAUUGUAUAUGCUGUUAUGUCUUGGAUUGUCAACAAAUGCCAGUCCAAUAUUAACUGGAUUAAAAACAACUUCAUCUGAUUAUCAACAGAGCGAUUCAUCACACCAUGAAUUCUUCACUCAGUUUCCUCCUAACUCAGGUUUUGGAAACAUGGAUACAAAAUUCAAUUUACAGUCAGGUACAGAUGUUGACCGAAGCUUGACAAGUACUCCAGGUAUUACUACAACAUACAGGGAUCAAAAUGGGAAUCUUGUGACUCAGGUAAAAAAAGAAACUUAUAAUAAGGAAAACGGCCAAAGUGCUCAUGCAUUUGAAAUACAAGAGAGUAAACAACUUCCAAACGGGUAUUCAAAAAGUUUCAAAAAAGAAUACUCGUCAUCUAGCGUAGUAGGACCUCAACCUACUACAUUUUUUCAAAAACCAUUAAAUGCAGAAAAAUAUUACAAUAGUGAACAAAUAUCAAACGGGCAAUCUAAUUCUUACGGGCAAUCUAAUUCAUACGGGCAAUCUUUCCAAAAUUACCAAGGACAAUCAAUACCUGCUAAUAUAGGAAAUAUAGGAGUUCAAUCAAAUUUCAAAUCCACAGUAGAUCAAAGUUUGACAAAUGUACCUGGAGUUACAUCAACAUUUAGAGACCAGAACGGAAACAUUGUUACUCAGGUAAAAAAAGAAAUUGUUACCAAUAAUGAUGGUCAAAAUGGACAUGUAAGGGAAUUUGAAGAAACUAAACAAUUUCCAAAUGGGUAUUCAAAAAGUUUCAAAAAAGAAUACUCGUCAUCUAGCGUAGUAGGACCUCAACCUACUACAUUUAUUCAAAAACCAUUAAACGCAGAAAAAUAUUACAAUAGUGAACAAAUAUCAAAUGGGCAAUCUAAUUUAUACGGGCAAUCUUUCCAAAAUUACCAAGGACAAUCAAUACCUGCUAAUAUAGGAAACAUAGGAGUUCAAUCAAAUUUUAAAUCCACAGUAGAUCAAAGUUUGACAAAUGUACCUGGAGUUACAUCAACGUUUAGAGACCAGAACGGAAACAUUGUUACUCAGGUAAAAAAAGAAAUUGUUACCAAUAAUGAUGGUCAAAAUGGACAUGUAAGGGAAUUUGAAGAAACUAAACAAUUUCCAAACGGGUAUUCAAAAAGUUUCAAAAAAGAAUACUCGUCAUCUAGCGUAGUAGCACCUCAACCUACUACAUUUUUUCAAAAACCAUUAAAUGCAGAAAAAUAUUACAAUAGUGAACAAAUAUCAAACGGGCAAUCUUUCCAAAAUUACCAAGGACAAUCAAUACCUGCUAAUAUAGGAAACAUAGGAGUUCAAUCAAAUUUUAAAUCCACAGUAGAUCAAAGUUUGACAAAUGUACCUGGAGUUACAUCAACAUUUAGAGACCAGAACGGAAACAUUGUUACUCAGGUAAAAAAAGAAAUUGUUACCAAUAAUGAUGGUCAAAAUGGAUAUGUAAGGGAAUUUGAAGAAACUAAACAAUUUCCAAAUGGGUAUUCAAAAAGUUUCAAAAAAGAAUACUCGUCAUCUAGUGUAAUUAAUGCUCAUCCAACAUUAAUUAAAGAUACUACUGAGAAAAAUACUUAUUUACCACAAAAAUUUACACAAGGGGAAACAGAAAAAUUCAAUGGUUACAACACAUUUUUUAACAACCAAAAAUAUACAUUGGAGCCGAAUAGCCCAAUUAGUUCUCAAGUAUUUAAUAAUAAAAAACCAACAGAAAGUGGUCAACAGUCAGUAGACUUACAGGGAUAUUCAAUACCAUCUCAAACAGGACAACAGUCUGUAGACAUUAGCAACCAAUAUACACCAAAAAAACCAAGUAGUCAAAAAUUUGAAAAAAUAGAAUCGCUUUCAACACAAACACAAGAGGAAGUUGGUCAACAAUCAGUAGACUUACCCAGAUAUUCAAAUCCAUCUCAAAUAGGACAACAGUCUGUAGACAUUAGCAACCAAUAUACACCAAAAAAACCAAGUAGUCAAAAAUUUGAAAAAAUUGAGUCGUUUUCAACACAAACAGAAAUUGGUCAACAAUCAGUAGACUUACCUGGAUAUUCAAUACCAUCUUUGAUAGGACAACAGUCUGUUGACAUUAGCAACCAAUAUACACCAAAAAAACCAAGUAGUCAAAAAUUUGAAAAAAUAGAGUCGUUUUCAACACAAACACAAGAGGAAGUUGGUCAACAAUCAGUAGACUUACAUGGAUAUUCAAAUCCAUCUCAAAUAGGACAACAGUCUGUAGACAUUAGCAACCAAUAUAUACCAAAAAAACCAAGUAGUCAAAAAUUUGAAAAAAUAGAAUCGCUUUCAACACAAACAGAAGUUGGUCAACAAUCAGUAGACUUACCUGGAUAUUCAAUACCAUCUUUGAUAGGACAACAGUCUGUAGACAUAAGCAACCAAUAUACACCAAAAAAACCAAGUAGUCAAAAAUUUGAAAAAAUAGAGUCGUUUUCAACACAAACACAAGAGGAAGUUGGUCAACAAUCAGUAGACUUACAUGGAUAUUCAAAUCCAUCUCAAAUAGGACAACAGUCUGUAGACAUUAGCAACCAAUAUACACCAAAAAAACCAAGUAGUCAAAAAUUUGAAAAAAUAGAAUCGAUUUCAACACAAACAGAAGUUGGUCAACAAUCAGUAGACUUACCUGGAUAUUCAAUACCAUCUUUGAUAGGACAACAGUCUGUUGACAUUAGCAACCAAUAUACACCAAAAAAACCAAGUAGUCAAAAAUUUGAAAAAAUAGAGUCGUUUUCAACACAAACACAAGAGGAAGUUGGUCAACAAUCAGUAGACUUACAUGGAUAUUCAAAUCCAUCUCAAAUAGGACAACAGUCUGUAGACAUUAGCAACCAAUAUACACCAAAAAAACCAAGUAGUCAAAAAUUUGAAAAAAUAGAAUCGAUUUCAACACAAACAGAAGUUGGUCAACAAUCAGUAGACUUACCUGGAUAUUCAAUACCAUCUUUGAUAGGACAACAGUCUGUUGACAUUAGCAACCAAUAUACACCAAAAAAACCAAGUAGUCAAAAAUUUGAAAAAAUAGAGUCGUUUUCAACACAGACACAAGAAAAGCUUGGUCAACAAUCAGUAGACUUACCUGGAUAUUCAACACCAUCUCAAAUAGGAUUAUCUGGAUAUUCACAAAAUAAACCAAUUGGUCAACAAUUUGAAAAAAUUGAAUCAUCUUAUCAAAAUAAACAUAAUUUCAUAGGACAACAGCCAGUGACCUUUAAUGUAAAUGACAAAUCAAGUCAACAAUAUGGGACAGGUCAACAAAUUUUCUCUCAACCAAUUGCUGGGCAAGAAAUUCAAGGAUCAGAAUUUUUUAAAUCAAAUUAUGGCGGAACGUCGCAAUUAUUGGAUCUAGGGGUACUAGGACAACAACCCACAGGAUAUAUAAGAGCACCAGGUCAACAAAAUUUGAAUAAUAAAAAAUAUAUUGGUCAGCAAAGUAUAGGAGUGUUUGAAAGUCAAAGCACAAUAGAAAAAAAUAUUAAUUUAAGUAGUGCAGAUCAGUUACAAACUGAUGUUGACGGUUACCAAGGAAAUGUGCAUCAUAAUUACCAAACCUAUCAUGAUCAAUCAAUGAAAAAUCCAACAUUCCAAGGACAACAAACUGUUGACUAUACAAGUGAUUUUGAAGGACACAAACCAAUAUACCAAAAACAAUAUGGAAAUACAGACUUUCAAUCAUCAAAAUUGUCGCCACAAACUGGACAAUUCUCAACAGGUAAUAAUGAACCUAUUAACUCUAAAUAUAAUAGUGUCUUCGAUAAAUUAGGUCAAUUGGAAGAUGAAAUUCUUGGUGCAAAAAGCACAGUGAACAUAAACAAAGGCAAUGUUCAAACUGCCUAUUCAACUAAUCAUAAUGUAAAAAGCAUGCCUGUGCAAACAAGUCAACAAGAGUCCCACUUUUCAAAAACCAUAAAUGAAAACACACAAUACAUAGAGCCAGAAUCUGAAAUAGCUUAUUCUAAAUCAUUACAAAAAGAUUCAAAAUUAGUAGUACAACAAGAUACAAUUGAAAAUCAUCAGACUUCAAAUAAUGAUAAUUUCUCAGAAAAUCCAACUACACCGUCUUCAGUUUGGAGAAAAAUUGGAGAUAAAUUUAAAGGUACCAUGGAAAAUGCAAAAAACCAAGCCCAACAGUUAGCAACUAAUAUUAAGGAUAGAGUAAGCUUUCCAAGUAUAAGUGGAAACCCAUGUUAA